UCUGGUUCACCACUGAAGCUCAAUGGUGUUAAAUAUUGCAGAGUGUCGUUGGUGCUGCUACCGCCAUUGCGGCCGAUGAGUUCUGAACGUAACUGUGUCUGUAUGUAUAUAUGUAUUGGAUUGUAACGUCUAUGUAUUGAGACGCGUGACCAUUGUUCGCUGCGAUUAUGCAUCACGCGCGUAAACAUCACGAACUUCCUCGCCCUUCUGGACGCUGAACGAACGUAUUCCGGAAUAACAUUGAAGACCCAGACGCUCCCUUAUGCGUUUGGUGAGGGUAAGGGCUGGAGGAAACGUGGCGUCUCCCUAUGCGACUGUAUGUGUGCCGCACUGCAAACUACGGAAAAAUGCGCUCUUUCGUUGACUGAUGAAGAAUAGUCAGCAACAUGUAAAAAGUCUCCCAUUGCAUCUCACGGCAUCACAACGAGUUCUUCAAACUGAUGAGAAGGAGAGUGGGGCGCGUUAUGUGAAAACACUUUGCUGGAAGAAGCAGGAGAUUGCUUAUGCUUUCUUUGGAAGAUGAAAAUGAACAACACUAAAAAAGACGAAGGGUUUGCUGCGUAGGGAGGUGGACCACCGCUGCCUUUGCUGGCGCCAGGUGUCCCUACGUUUGUCGCUCAUAUAUAACGCGCGUCAAAGGGUCGUCGGGGUCACAAUUGUUGUCCCUGGCUGCGAAUAUACCUCAUUCCCAAACCGCCAGACGAGCGAAAGCUGAAAUCACGAGAGCGCACGUUCUUGCAGGCUCAGUUAAAGCUGCGUCUGUGACAGACGGCAGCAUCGGGGUGCUGGUUACAAUGGCAAGUGUGCUGCAUGCGCUCGUUGUUGCGGUCUACACAGCGGGCGUCGCGUUUGCAAAAACGCCCGAAGGUUUCCGAGCUAUUCCCGAUGCCUAUCACGGAAACAGCCAACACCAUCGUGCAAAUGGCGCUCACCAUAUAUCCACACAAGCAAACACACAGGAAGCCCGACAAACCCCAAUUCCACUACACAAUAUGAAUCGCGUUAGAGGAGUGUACCUUGAUGGAAAACCCGUCGUAGCUGGAGUAUCACAGGCUGUGCCUCUGACACCCAUUGGUCAGCCGAACGCUGUGGUCGACUCGCCUCGUAGUAAAUCCAUAUUUGGGGUUCCAGGAAUUGUUGCACCUGUACAAUCACAAGGUAUCGAGUAUUACGAUGAUUUCGUCAAUGGAGCACCGUUCUCUGCUGGCUCCCCAGCGGCUUCCGCUUAUAUUCCUACUGCACCCUAUCCUGCGUCUGUCUAUGGGCGCCCUCCGUUCUGGAUUCGCCUUCAGAGGUGGAACCCCUUUUCUAGGUACUACCGUGCAACAUACACGAUUGGAGCUCCAGAGUAUCCUAACUUACCUUCGUAUGGUUACGUGGUGCCUCCGGUAAUGGUCAUUCCAGCGCGACCUGUAUCUACACUUGAACCCAUCCAUCCUACACGUGUUUCAACGAACUCACAGACUUUGGUCACUUCUCAGAGAAGAUACGGGAGACGCUGACAUUUCCUUUUUGGCUCCGAGUCCAACGAAUCGAGUGUACCUGAAACGGGAAUAAUGAGUAAUUUUGUAUGAAUUUGAAUAGAAAGCAGGCAAGCUAAACAUAUUAAAAACUGCAAAGUGAUCCAACGUCAUAAGAAAUCAAUUCAUUUGUUUAUGACAAUUAUAAGCCCUGAACUUUUCUACAUAUUUGUAUAUACAUUAUGAAGCUGGCGUAAUAAACUAUAGAUCAUAGAACGAUCACAUUUCAAAAAAACCUCACAUAAUAACCUAUUGUAGUUAGGGUUAGGCAUAAACAAUGUGCUUCGACUAGUCCAAUAGCUUGUUUCAAUAAGCCUUGUUCCCAUUUAUGUAGCAAUAAUGUCAAUGGUGGUGGUAGUGCCGUUGUCGAGAAUAGGUUGUCGCAAAAGUAAUGCGUGAGUACAAACUGUGAUGAAGAUAUCGCUGUGAGGUGAUGAUUGAUUCGUAAGGAGAUAAAUGUCAUACGAGGUUGUGGUGUAAGAUCUCAAAGUUAUUUGGGAUAAUGGACAUGCAAAAAUGUUCGCGAAAAAAACAUGUUAGUUACUAAUUUGGUAACUUAAUUUAUACUUCGGUUGUUGAAUGUAUUUAACAUGAGCUAAUAAAGCCUGUACGGAUAUAAGCACAAACUCUAUUUGGAUGCUCGUUGAUCGGCGUUCCUUCGACAAGCUUGCCAGAAAUGGCCUAUGUCUAUCCAUAUUUGUGUUAUAUAUUCUGUUUCCUAGUGAACAGCGUUAAUCUUCCAGUGCCCCGAUCACUAACGUAUCUAUAUGUUUUGCUGUUAACAGUCAUUUGGACGCGCUGACCACGACGUUAGUAUGGAACGUGUUGAAAUAACAAAAGCAGUAAUUGCUAAUGAAAUGGUGUCACUAAUUUGUUUUUGAAAAUAUACUAUAUUUUCAACGCUGGUAGGCUUGACGAUGCGCCCUAUCAUGACAGAUAUAUGUGAACAAUUCAAUGCCACUAUGAGCAUAUAAUGCUCGUACGUUAACGUCACUGUGGACUGAAAAUACAAGGAGUAAUUUUUCCAUUCAUAUUUCGGGACUCUCCUAGUGAUUGCUCGAAUCUGCUCAACACCCAAAAAAAAAUCAUGCAUAUUCAAUGAAUAAGCGACUCGUAAACAUUGGUAAAGGCACAUUCUUCGCAUAUCGUGCCUAACGGACGUGCCCGUGCCCAAUAAAACUCAGUCUCUACUAUAAAAAGAAUUGAAUUUGAUUUUUUUGCUUUAGAAGAUUACAUCUUAGCAUGUCGUCUUAUUGGUAGAUCUCCAUGGGCGCCAGAACUGACCUAACGAGGCAACUUCAGCCAUAUUAGUUUAUCCACAUUUUUAUCGUACAGA